GCGGAGAGAGAGUUGUUUGUUCCAUGUUAGUAUUACAUAACCCAUCAUUUUAUAUAAAAGCAUGAUCUAAGAAGAUCAAGAUCAAGAAGAUCUUCUUAGUUCAUGUAUAAAAGAUACCAAAGCUGUGUCACUAAAUAAUGGUACUGUGUUUUGUGAGUCAAUAGCUACACUCGCAUUUUUAAUACCUAUGUCACAAACAUAACUGCAGUACUCACCCAUCUACAGGAUUCGGAUUGUACAAGCUUUUGAAUUAAUCGGCAGGUGUAUAACUACUAACUACAAAGAUGGUUGAAUAUGGUGUUCGGAUACCCUUGAAGCGUAUUGGCACUAACCUCGGAUAUCGUAGAAUAAAUUUACCUGUUCAACUUUGGAGAAGGUUGAGUAGCCAUAUGUCGCAGAACUCGGUGCCGUUUAAGGGUUUGGAACUUUCAUGUAUUUGGAGACCAGAUCCGCGUUUACUGCUGUCCCGUGAUCCCUGGGUAAAUGAGAUGCCGGAAACAACUGCUCCAUCAGUGGUGAGAGAUGUGGAACUGCAGGCAGCGGAAGAGUCAGAGGAGCAAGUUGUAGAAACGUUAUCGGAAGAGCUUGUGCCACUAACGAUGGAGGAUACCCUGUUCCCAUCACUGCAGGAUAUUUUGGUAGAGACGCCUCAGUAAUCGUUGGUGGAGUUGGAAGAAACUCGUGUACAGCCGGCUUACCUAACUGUGACGCUAUCACCUGAAUAAGGUUUUCAUUUUGACAGUAAUGAGUUUAUGUUAUAGUAUCUAAUACUUAUA